GGAUCCCCCUGCAAUUGUAAACUCUAGACAUCCAAAAAUCAGGAGCAAAAUGGAUACAACAGCGUUGACUGAACAGGAGAAAGUCCUCGUUGCCAACCGUGAGAAGGAUAAAGGCAACGAGGCCUUCAAGGCCAACGACUAUGAGGAAGCUGUGGUGUAUUAUACAAGGAGUCUGUCAGUGGUACCAACCGUAGCCGGCUACAACAACAGAGCCCAGUCAGAGAUCAAACUGCAACACUGGCACAAUGCCCUGAACGACUGUCAGAAGGUACUGGAAAUGGAACCAGACAAUAUGAAAGCUCUCCUCCGCAGGGCCACAGUGCUGAAACAACAGGGGAACUAUCAGAGGGCGGCUGAAGACCUGAGGAACGUCCUGCAGACCGAACCACAGAACAUCACUGCUACUAAACUUCUGGUUGAGGUGGAUAAGAAACUAAUCCAGUGUCAACCGGAGACGGCACGUAAAAGCAAGAAGAUCCUGAUUCAGGAAGUGGAGGAGGAUGAGACACGGGAAGAGCAGAGAGCUUGUCCGGUUGAGCCUAGCGAGGCAGUGGGAGGGGAGAGUGCUGCUCCUGCCGAGAGGGGAGACAUGGGAAAUGCUCAGAAGAAGCCCCACGGCAGAGGAGGGGAAGGGGGCCCCAGCCCGCAUACAGACCACAAUUCACACGGAAGCCACUGGAAAAACCGGGGAGGAAUUGCAGAGAAGUACAAGGUGAACCAACAGGAUUCGACGUCGGACAAGGGUCUGUGGAACGGAGCUCAGGGCUCUGGCAGGAGGGACUCUAAGGGAGCCAGGCCGGUCGGGGGAGACGGAAGCAACCUCGACGCCCCUUGUGGGGCCCUGCCCCCGCCGCUGGCCCGGCUCAAGAACGAGGGAAACCUGUUCUUUAAGAAUGGACAGUUUGCUGAUGCGCUGGACAAAUAUUCACAGGCCAUCACGGGCUUCACAGACUCAGGAUUGGACAGUCCUGAGGACCUGUGUGAUAAUGUCUCUGUGUCUGGAUUGGACAGCCCUGAGGACCUGUGUAAUAAUGUCUCUGUGUCUGGAUUGGACAGUCCUGAGGACAGUCCUGAGGACCUGUGUAAUAAUGUCUCUGUGUCUGGAUUGGACAGUCCUGAGGACCUGUGUAAUAAUGUCUCUGUGUCUGGAUUGGACAGCCCUGAGGACCUGUGUAAUAAUGUCUCUGUGUCUGGAUUGGACAGCCCUGAGGACCUGUGUAAUAAUGUCUCUGUGUCUGGAUUGGACAGCCCUGAGGACCUGUCCUGCAGGUCCUUGGAGCUGCAGCCCUUCUCCCUCAAGCCCCUCCUACGCAGAGCCAUGGCUUAUGAGACUAUGGAGCGGUACCGACAGGCCUACGUGGAUUACAAGACCGUGCUGCAGAUAGAUAUCAGCGUGCAGGCUGCACAUGACAGUGUUAACAGGAUCACGCGGUUACUGAUAGAGCAGGACGGAGAACAGUGGAGAGAGAAACUACCUGAGAUCCCUCUGGUCCCACUAUCAGCUCAGCAGCACCGCAGGGAGGAACCACCCAGCGCUGAGGUCCUACAGGCCAGAGCAGAGAAGGCCAAGCAGCACGCAGCUCAAAAAACAGAAGUCUGUUUCAAUUCGCUGAAACAAGAAGGAAAUGAGUUUGUGAAGAAAGGUCUGUUCCAGGAGGCUCUGAGGACGUACAGCGAAUGCCUUAAGCUGAAGCCAGAGGAAUGUCCCAUUUACACCAACCGAGCGCUGUGCUUCCUGAAGCUAGAUAUGUUUGCUGAAGCCAAGCAGGACUGUGACUCUGCCCUGAGGCUGGAGCCAGCCAAUAAGAAGGCCUUCUACAGACGGGCCAUGGCCAAUAAAGGCCUCAAGGACUACCUGGCGUGCAGCUCUGACCUACAGGAGGUGCUACAGCAGGAUCCCAAUGUAGCGGAGGCUGAGAAGGAGCUGGAGGAGGUCACUCUGCUGCUCAGACAGAGUCUGGCCCGGGAUCACCUAGCAACCCCAGGAGGACU